AUGGCAAGGACCAAAGUCUCAGCAAAGAAAUCGACUGCCGGUAAGAGCGCCAGCAAAGGGGCGGGACCGAAGGCCGUGCCCAUCAAAACGCUUGGCACGAAGCGAAGACGUCCUCAAGAAGAAGAUGAGGAAAAAGGAGAAGAGGAGGAGAACGAAGUGAUGAGCGAAGACGAGCAGCGUGAGGAGGAACCAAAGAAGCUGGCAGCACCCGCCAGGCGCUGUGUGCAGAUCCUUCAAGAAGACCCCGAUGAAGCCGCCGAGGGUAGCUUGGACGAUGAAAUCGUGGAGAUAUGGGAGAACAAGAUGCAGCCCCACAUGACCCAAUCCCAGGUGAGCGGCCUAUCUGCGCCGUCGGCCGACAAUCAAGGCCUCGUCCGUUUGGCCAACAAGAUCCAGUCGGUGUCCGAACGCGAGCUGCUGGGGUAUAUCAACAAACGAACUGCGAUGGAGGGCGACUUGGUCCAGUUGCUGAGGGCCAUCUUUCAGGGCCUCCCCUCGUACACCGACAAAGGAAAGCAGAUUCGAGGGGCUGUUCUCCACCGCGUCAUGUGGCUCAUCAUCAAGGGCCGGCUUACGAACAAGAAGGCCGAGGAAGCCGUCAAUGCUCUACUACCCGAGAUGGAUGCGGUUGCAGACGAAGAUUUCAUUGAUCUAGCCGAAGUGAUUCUUUGGGGAGUCGAAAAGGCUCGAUCGGCCGAGGGGCGGUUUCUGGACUUCUUGCCGAAGACUCUCGCAGCGAUUGAGCGCUUGUCCGCAGUGGGAGUCGAUGAGCACACCAACAAGACUGGUCCGCAAUACAAGAGUCACCUCAUUGCUAGGUGCGAACACGUGCGCCGUUGGAAUCGACGGCCUUCAGGAACUAACGUUGGUGGUAUACUGGGUUAG